AAAUCUAGCAUUUUUUUUAGUGGUUUUCGCAACUUCCACGGUGGAAGAGGUUUUACGUGAUCCAAUGGAAUCAGGGAGGAAACACCAGGGUCCCGGAAGAAGCGUUUCUCGUGUCCGGACGGAGGAAGAUGCGGCGAAAGAAAACCGCAGUGACAGUGAAUCGACUUUCAGCGGCUCCGACUUCUCAGAUGACCUGGAACCGGAAUGGCUGGACGACAUCCAGAAAAACGGCGAGCUUUUCUACCUGGAGCUGAGCGAGGGCGAGGAGGAGGCCGCGCUCGCCCGGGCCGCCUCCAGCCAGGGUGUUUCCACCAAUCACGUUCGCUUCAGUGACAAGGAGGCCGAGGUCAUCACGGAGCAGGACAGGAAGCAGAGGCGCGGCCUCAAGGCCGAGGGCGAGACCGCGCUCAAACGCCUCGCCAGGAUCCUGCGGAGGAAGCGGCGCCCGUCUCAGCGCAGGGGGGGCAAGGAGGGCGGGAAGGAGAACCCGGCCUCGUCCCGGCCGGCGUCCAUCCUGAAGAACCAGGCCGCCCAGCGGCAGGGCGUGACCGUCCAGCAGCAGCGGCUGAAGGACGCCUGCGUCUACCUCAACCCCAAGCGGCUGGGCGGCGGCUGUGAGGGCGGCGGCCUGCUGGAGGCGCUGCUGGGGGUGGUGCACCGCCCAGCCCGGAGCAGGGCUCCGGGAGACCCCGCGGCGGCGGCCAGACGCGAGGAGAGGCUGACCGUUCACGGAUUGAUACCCAACAGCCCGGCCGCCAAGUGUGGCCAGAUCCUCAUCGGGGACGUGAUCGUGGCCGUGGACGACGUGGACGUGACCUCGGAGAACAUCGAGAGGGUUCUGUCCUGCAUCCCCGGACCAACGCAGGUGAGGCUGACCCUGGAGACGGUGGCGCUGGUGGACGGCGGCGGCGGCGCCGAGCCCUCGCCGGCCCGCAGGCCGAAGGCCUCGCCGCCCGUCAGCCAGCUGGUGCGCCUGCUGUGGGGGGAGGACACCGCCGAGCUGCAGAUGUCCGUCGGACACAUCCCGCACGUCGUCAUGUACCUGUCGCUCAAGCUGGACUCGGCAUCGCCGCAGGACGAGGAGGAAAUCUUGUACCAGUACCCGAUGUCGGAAGCGUCCGGCCAGCUGAAGGGGGUGAGGGGGAUCUUCCUCACCCUGUGCGACAUGCUGGAGAACGUGACGGGGGGCCGGAUCAUCAGCUCCUCCCUGCUGCUGGGGAAACAUCUGGUCCAUGUCGGCUACUGGAAGGAAGGCAGCAACCUGCUGGUCAUCGGGCUUCCUGCUGAGAGGGUCCCGCUGCUGUGUCUGCAGACGGUGCUGGGAGACGUGGUGCGGACGCUAAAAGUGAUGUACGGCUCCCUGGACAGCGCGUUCUGUGAGGUGGACCACGCCCCCAGGUUGGACCACUUCUUCUGCCUGUUCUUCCAGCAGCUCAUUCAGCCGUGGCGACUGAGGGAGGGCUGCUCCGCGCCGCCGCCGUCAGCGCCGCCGCCGCCACCCGACGUCUCGGGGACGCUCUUCCUGGAGGGGCUGCCGGCGGUGCGGUGGCUCACGCUGCCUCCUGAGAUCAAGAUGGAGGUGGAUACUGUACUUUCUGACUUCGAGUCUUCUGAUUUUGGAGAAAUGUCUGAAGACUUCUUCGGUCUGAGGCGUCUCUACGUCACUCUGGGCUCCUGUUUGUUUUACAAGUCCUACCUGAUUGCCAACCACCUGCCGAAGGAGGCCCUGCUGGACGUGUGUCUGUACUGCCAGCACUACUGCCUGCUGCCGCUGGCCUCGGAGCAGCGCGUGGGCCAGCUGGUCGUCUGGAGGGAGGUGUUUCCCCAGCAGAGGGCGGGCGGCGGCGUGGCGGCGGGCUACAGCCGGCCGCCCGGGCGCCACUUCCUGCUGAUCGUGGGUCUGCGGCACUUCAUGCAGUGCGUGCUGCUGGAAGCCGGCGGCUGCGCGUCGCCGGCGGCGGGGUCUCCGGGUCCCGACUGCGUCUACGUGGAUCAGGUGAAAGCCACGCUGCUGCAGCUGGAGGCGCUGGAGGCGGGGAUGGAGGAGCGGCUCAGCGCGCCGCCCGCCCCCUGCCUGUCCUGCGCCGACUGGUUCCUGCCGGCGGCCGCGGCGCGGGAGCGCCUGGAUGGCCUGGCCGCCUCCUCGCCCGUCCUCAGCAAGCUGGCCGGCGCUGUCAGGGGCCCGCCGCCGCCGCCGGGCGCCAGGGGCCGCGGCCUGUUCGGGGAGAAGUCCCGCAGGUCCAGCCCCCAGAGGAGCCUGUCGGACAGCGGCGGCGAGGAGCACGGGUCGGGCGCCGGUCUCAGCCCGAACUCCACUCCGGACCCGGCCAGGAGGCGGCGGGACUCGCUGGGAUCCAAUGGCAGCGGUGGCCUCUUCAAGGUCCCCCGCAUGAGGAACCCCAACCCGUUCCACCUGGGCACCCUGAAGAAGACCCUCACCGAGCGCGAGACGGAGGAGAUGUACGCCACCCUGAAGCUGACGGCGGGGGCGGAGAACACCCUGUUCCACUACGUCCUGAUGGAGACGGUGCGGGGGAUCUUCAUCGCCCCCACCCACAGGGAGGUGGCGCAGCUGAGCGGCUCCAUCCACCCGCAGCUCAUCCGCAACUUCCACCACUGCUGCCUGUCCAUCCGGGCCGCCUUCCAGCAGAGCCUGCCGGCCAGGGGCCGCCGCGCCGCAGACCGGCCUCUGGGGGGCGGCUGGGGUUUGGGUCCGGUCAAAGAGCACGGCGUCCUGUUUCAGUGCAAACCCGAGAACUGGACCGACCAGAGGAAGCCCGCUCCCACCAUGACCUACUGGGUCAUCGGGCGGAUGCUGCUGGAGCCCGUCCCUCAGGAGUUCUACGUCUGCUUCCACGACUCGGUGGCCGAGGUGCCGGUGGAGAUGGCCUUCAGGCUCUCCUUCGGCCUGGCGCUGUGAGGCGCCGUCAAGAAGGGUUGGAUUCUCAGGAAAACGGCUCGAACUGCGACACUUGUAGGAAAAGCAAAACGUAUCAGGAUCACGAGUCGGGAAGAUGGACUCAGUCAUCGAAUACCUCAGUCGACGAGGAGCGAACGGCUCCGGAGCUUCAGUUUGUUCAAAGUUUACAGCUUUAUGCACACAAAGCAGCUAAGGUUAUAUUGGUGUUUUUCAAAAACUGUAUCGCAUUUAUUGUUAAUUUAUAUUUGUACAGAUUGUUUUUUACGGAAAAUGGUCCGUUUGCUACCUAAAUGAACAUCAGUUGUUAAUAAAAAAAAGAAAGUCAACACAGAUUUUCUCAUGCUUUUUGUUUUUUUUUUUACAUCAAA